AUGUUAAAUUCCACAACAUAGCUUGCAAAUCAAUUACCAGUAUUUAAAAGUUAAAACUACUCAGAAUUGAAGGAUUAUUAAGAUUUCUUAAAAUUAAUAUAGAAAUUUCACAUUUAAAAAUUCAUGUUAAAAAGUAAAGAAUAAUUAUAUCACUAUUUAACAAAUUAGUGUUAAAUUUAAAAUGAUAAUUCUUAAUCAGAUUCAAAUUCUAGUAAUGAAAAUUAAGGAUCAGGAUAAUAAACAGAAGAUUUGUCUAGAAAUAAAAUAAAAAAUAAAUCUGAUAAAAUAUAAGCAAAACAAUAAGAUAUUCUUGAUAAAUAAUAUCCACAAAUAUAAAAUGAAGAUAUUAAUUAUAAAAUUCAAUCUAUUGAAAUUAAAAAAAAUGAUUAUUAAAAAAAGGAACAUGGAGGAAGAAAAGUAAAAGAAAAUACAAAAAAUAAUGAGAUAUUAGAGAAACUUAAAUCUAUUCCUUUAAUUUAAGACUUUGAUGAUGAAGAUAUUAGAUAAAUGGUAAAUGAUUUUUAAUAGGAAGAUAAAAAAUAAUCAAAGUAAAAUAAGAAUUCAUAAACAUUUAAAGAUACUAUAUAAAGAGAUGAUUAUUAAUAUAAAUGGCCAUAAUGUAGAAUAAGAAUAUUAUAAGCUUUAACAAUACUUAUUGAAAAAAAAGUUGCAGUCCCAAAAAUUCUAUAAGAUUUUAAAAUCUUAUAAAAGACUUACAUUUAUUCUCUAUAUUUAAAAGAUUGUGAUGAUUUAGCUAAUUAAUUAUGGUAAAAAGUAGGAGAGAAUACAAGUGCUGAUGAUUAAAUAAAAAAUUAUAGAACCAAUUAUAAUACAGACUAAUUAGAAUUAAUUUUAGAGAUGAUAAAACUUGUUUAUGAGAAAAGAGAUUAACAUCGAGAAUAAAUAAUAGCAACAUGUUCAGGAAUUAUAUUUUAAAAGAAAUUAAGAUAAUUAAAAGAUAAGGUAACUGCUAAAGCAAAAUGUGCAGAUAAGAAAUGUGAAUUAAUAAUUGCCUAUUUAGAAAGAAUUAAUAAUUAUGUAUUGACUGGACCUAUAAUUAAUAAAUAUCAAUAUGGUGGUUGUAGUGAAGCUUAAUUAUUGCAUCAAAAAAUAAUUAAGAAAGCAGCUAAGACUCUAUUAUACUCUGCCGUUUAACUUGAUGUUCCAAUUCCUGAAGUACUACAGUACUUAUCUCUUAGGAAAAGCAGAUAUAAUGUAUAAGAUAGACCAGAAGAAUAAGGAAUAUAUAUAUUACCAAGUGUAGAAUUAGUGAAAUUGAUUGUUGAUAAGUAAGGCAUGGAAACUAUUGCUUAAUAAUUAAAGAUGAAUGAUUUUGACUAUUUAGAUUUUAAAGGUCUUGAUUAAUUAAAUUUUGAACAUUCAAAUAAGAAUAUAGAGGAUAGAGAUGAAACAGUAUUAUAUUCAGUACUUCAAUUAGUAUUAGAUAGAAUUGAUGAAUUGGAUCAAUUAAGUUUUGUUAUUAAUGAUAGAAAAUUUAAGGCAUUAUAAUAAAAACUUAAUGAAUUAUAUAAAGAUGAUGUUUUUGGAGAACCGAAUCAAUAAUAAGAUAUCCCUUAAUUUGUAGGAAGUGUUAUGAAUAAAGUAGAAUCCUAUAUUAAAUCAUCUAAGUCAUAAGAGAGAGUUAAGACAAAAUUAUGUUGUAUUAAAACUAAAUUUUUUGAUUCAGAAAUCAUAGUAAAAUAAAAUAAUGAAAAUUUAACAAUAGAAUAAAUAGAAUUUUGUAAACAAUUAUUCAUUUUGUUUUUAUCAGAAAUAUCUAGUAAAGACAUAGCAUUUCCUGAUAUUUUGAGAUAUUUUAAGUUUGUUGAUGGUAAAUUAUUCUUUGAUUUUAAUUAAAAAUUGAUAGGAAUUAUGUUAUUAUGUAAAGCUAUAAGAUAAUAUUUCAUUUCAUGUAUGGAAAUGGAUAGUGAAUUUGAUAAAUAAAUCACUGAAGAUAAUAAAAUUAUCAUUAAUUCAAUUCCAUUAUUGAAAUUAAUAAUAAAAGAAGAGUAUUUGCCAGAUUUAUCUGAAAUAUUCAAAAAAUAGAUUUUAAUUUUAUCCCAACAUAAAGAAGAUUUAAUUGUAGAAAUAAGAGAGCUAUUUAAAUAUUAACCUAUUUGUGAUAUGAUAAAAUAACAAGAUUUAGAAGAUGAAUAUGAGGAUACAAUUUUAGAUCUAAAAUGCUUAUACAAAUUUAUUUUUGAAGAAAAUUCAGAUUAAGAUUAAGAUUGA